AUGGCUCAAGUGACGAGAACUGCAGUGGAUCUAAUGUUCAACAUACUUCUUUCCAUGGCAAAGGAGGGCACCUCCGAUUGCCCACAGUUCACAACUCCAGGACGAUCAAGUAGAGAUAAUCUCAUAAAUACCGUUUAUAAAUUGCAUCGAACGCGGUUACGCAUUCUCGAUCCAUACAGGAAGUUAAAAAACGCACUAAAGCAGCUUCAAGAAGACUACCUCAAAUCGAAAGAUUCAAAUCCGAUUAUGCGGUAUAUGAAAUUGCAGCAAAGCGUAAGAGAAGUUGUAAUUAUGGAGAAACAGUAUUGGAAGUUGCUUGAUAUACCUAUUCAAGACGGGGCAGAAGAUUCAAAUGAAUACGUUGUAAGGAUAAUCCAUUUACUCGAAGAAACAUCGUCAGUUCCACCAUCUGGUGGAAUAAGUGCUCUUCUCAGUUCAACAAUGAUGGGACGAAGUGUUGAAACUCGAGUCGAUCAAAGUCUUUAUGACUCAAUAAAAAGUCGAAAAACGGAAGAACUUCAAAAGGACUGUGAAAACAUGUAUGCCCAACUGUAUAAAUUGAUAAAGAAGUACCAAGGUCUAAGGAGGAUUAUUAAGGAACUACACGACAAGUACGAUGCAUCUAGGAUGUACCCUAUCGUUCCACGAUAUCCUAUAUUGAAGAAAAUGAUAAAAUCAGCUUUAAGAGCUCCCGAAUUUGCUGAUAUUUGCCAUGAACAAACGGAAUGA